GCCCCCCAGUGGCUCCGCUGCUCAAAAUGUCGCCAGAACUGGGAAGGCCAGGUUUGGUGACAUCUCUUUUACAGAACAUGGAACAGCUAAGGAAGGAUUUCUGUCACUUUCCUAUGAAAUCUUCAGACAACCCAACCUAUACAACAUCAAGUUAUUCUUCUUCUGGGAAGAGACAAAAUCUCAUCUAUUUCCUCACAAAUCCACACUGUGGGAGCCUCAUUAAUGCAGAUGGCCAUGGCGAGGUGUGGACAGAUUGGAAUGAUAUGUCCAAGUUUUUCCAGUAUGGGUGGAGAUGCACCACUAAUGAGAAUUCCUAUUCGAACUGUACUCUUAUGGGCAACUGGAACCAAGAAAGAUAUGACCUAAGGAAUAUCGUGCAACCCAAACCCUUGCCUUCCCAGUUUGAACACUACUUUGAAACUACAUACGGUACAAGCUAUAACAACAAAAUGCCACUUUCAACCCAUAGAUUUAAGCGAGAGCCUCAUUGGUUUCCAGGACAUCAACCCGAACUAGAUCCUCCUCGAUAUAAAUGCACAGAAAAGUCAACUUACAUGAGUAGCUAUUCAAAGCCUCAAAUCGGGCAUUCAUCAGUGUGUGUUUGGGAUCCUAAGAUUGACCAAUUUCAAGGUCAAGGAUUAUAAGAAAUAAUAAGAAACUUCAUUUUUCCAGAGUAGAAUGUAGGCCAGAGCGUGUUCCAAGCACAAUGAAAAGUUCACUGUAACAAUUUCACUCUCUGAAUAAAUAAAGCAAAAA